AUGUUGAAAACAAAGAAAAAAACACACAACACUAACAUAGCAAAUAUGAAAACAGUUAUAGGCACCCAAACUGAUAAACAAACAAAUUUGAAAGCGAUGAAACCUUCGCCAAAAAGAAUAGUUUUUUACGUUGGUCGAUUGGACCAACAAUGCACUGCAAAAGAGUUAAGCGAACACAUAAAUGGAUUGAAAAUUGAGACAAGCGCUGCAUUCAGAGUUUGUAUUUAUGAAACAGACUCAGCUGAGUUCAUGAAUGCAGAAAACUGGCCAGACCAAAUCAUCGUCCGCGAACGAAAAAGCAAACGAGGCGGAGGUGUUGGUGUGUUCAUAAAGCAUGACAUCAAAUAUGUUGUAAAUGAUAACAGUGCAUUUGAUGAUGAAAAUGUCGACGUUCUCUGUGUGGACAUUGAAUCGGGGCAUGCUUCACCUAGGGGUGUGCUAAAA